AUGGAUUUCGUGAAUGAUGCCAACUUACUGAGUCAGCAAGAUAUUGCCUACAUAUGCGAGAAACUCUGCACUAAUCUCAGGUUUUCACCUCCAAGGCAACUUGAUUCUGAAACAACGACCCAGGGAUUACCCACGGGUGCUGCUCAGCCGAAUCAAGUAACGUCUCAUUCGUCUCAAGGAUCGUCGCAUCACCUAGAACGAAGAAAUUCAUGCAGCUCGGCGUUCCGACCUGGCUUGUCAUCCCUGAUCCUUCGAAGGCAACCAUCCACCUUCAGUGAUUCUGUAGAUGUCACUUACGGAGGUGCAUCAACAAUGAAUGGUGUGAUGGAUGGUGCCCCGCUACGAGAAAUGCUCAGCAGUUAUCCUGCAGAUGGUCGAUCUCAUUCUGGAGAAACUCAUCGGAGUAGCAACCAAGACGAAGACAUGUCUACCAGUAUCCAACCAUCACAAGCAGCGUCGGCCUCAUCGUAUCCACCAGAUACACAGGUAUCUGCGAGUUUGACGCCAAUUACGGACAUCACUCCCAAUUCUGGAUCUGUUAAGGGUGGAACGAAGGUGUUGGUAGUUGGAGGCUGGUACAUGAAGGGCCACGAGUAUACGGUUGUUUUUGGCGAACGGCGUGUACCUGCUAGAUUGAUCCAAGUUGGGGUGCUUUCCGUCAUUUUACCUCCAGCGUCAGCCACCGGUAUCAUUCCCGUUCGGGUACUCUGCAAUGGACAAGUGAUCUCUACGAGUAGUGAAUUUACGUACAAUGAAGAACCCGAGGAAUGUACCAUGGUAGCGCUACGACAGUGCAUGGUUGAUAGGCUGCAUCUCAUAGUCCAUGCUUUCGGAGCUAUGGAGAAUUUGCAGUGGGUCGCAUCUAUCAAUGAAGAUUCUGUCCUUUCAUUGCUUCAUAACCUGUCUGGAAAGCGUCUUACAUUGCCGAGCCUAUUAUCAGCACAUCCAACACUUCCAUCCAGGACUAUAUUACAUAUUGCCGCUGCUCUGAAUUACCACAAAGUCAUCGAACAUGUAUUGUCUUGGAGGAGGAAUUUGCCAUAUAGUCGGGAAUUCGACCCGCUAGCCAGAGAUGGUGAAGGUCGAACACCUCUCCAUAUCGCCGUCGCUUCUGGCCAUGUCGCUUCAGCAAAGGUACUGGUACGAGCCUGCAGGACCACUGUUGAUGUACUGGACGAUCGUGGCAGAACUCCA